AUGCGGCUUGGGCUGUGUGUGGUGGCCCUGGUUCUGAGCUGGAUGCAUCUCGCUGCCGGCAGCCGGGGGAUCAAGGGGAAGAGGCAGAGGCGGAUCAGUGUGGAGGGGAGCCAGGCCUGUGCCAAAGGUUGUGAGCUCUGCUCUGAGGUCAACGGCUGCCUCAAGUGCUCGCCCAAGCUGUUCAUCCUGCUGGAGAGGAACGACAUUCGCCAGGUGGGCGUCUGCUUGCCUUCCUGCCCACCUGGAUACUUCGAUGCCCGCAACCCCGACAUGAACAAGUGCAUCAAGUGCAAGAUUGAGCACUGUGAGGCCUGCUUCAGCCACAACUUCUGCACCAAGUGUAAGGAGAACUUGUACCUGCACAAGGGCCGCUGCUAUCCGGCCUGUCCCGAGGGCUCAGCGGCCGCCAACGGCACCAUGGAGUGCAGCAGUCCUGCACAAUGUGAAAUGAGCGAGUGGUCCUUGUGGGGGCAAUGCUCCAAGAAGAAGAGGCUCUGUGGCUUCCGGAGGGGCUCCGAGGAGCGGACUCGAAGGGUGCUCCAUGCCCCUGGUGGGGACCACGCCGUCUGCUCCGACACCAAGGAGACCCGCAGGUGCACAGUGCGGAGGACGCCCUGUCCCGAGGGACAGAAGAGGAGGAAAGGGGGCCGGGGGGAGAACGCCAACAGGAACCUGAGCAGGAAGGAGAGCAAGGAGGUGGGUGCCGGCGCUCGGAGACGCAAGGGCCAGCAACAGCCGCAGCACCAAGGGACAGUGGGGCCGGUCACGCCUGCGGGGUCCACCUAGGGACAUUCGUCACCUCCAGGCCCUCACAGAAAGAGUCCAGCGCUGCUCU